AUGGAGGCCGCGCCGCCGUUGAUGCCCGGGGUGGCCCUGGCGGGGUCUCUUCCGCCAGCACCUCCCCCCGCUGCCGCCGCCAGCAGCGGGGACCCGCCGCCCUCAGGGCCGCCCUCAGGGCCGGCAGCGGGGCCAGCGCAGCACGACAGCGGCGAUGUCCUGCAGCAGAUCAUGGCCAACGACCAGAGCUUGGAUGAGGCCCAGGCCAGGAAGCACGCCCUGAACUGCCACAGGAUGAAGCCGGCCCUGUUCAGUGUCCUCUGUGAAAUCAAGGAAAAAACAGGUCUGGAUUUGCGGGGCCCUCCGGGGGAGGAGCCUCCGGACGCGCAGCUGCUGCGCCUGGACAACAUGCUGAGGGCUGAGGGCGUGGCCGCCGCUCCCCGCCACAAACCGCCCAAAAUGGGACAGGAACCCCCAAAAACCGGACAGGAACCCCCCCGAAAUGGGACGAGAACCCCCCGAAAUCCCCGAGGAACCCGCAAAAAUGGGAGAGGAGCACGGAAAACUGGGAGGAGGAGGCGGAAAUUGGGUGUGGAGCCCGGGGCGGAGCACUCGGAUUACCGAGCCAAGCUGGCCCAGAUCCGGCACAUCUUCCACGCCGAGCUGGACAAGUACGAGCAGGCGUGCAGCGAGUUCACGACGCACGUGCUGAACCUGCUGCGGGAGCAGAGCCGCACGCGGCCGAUCGCGCCCCGCGAGAUCGAGCGCAUGGUGGGCGUCAUCCACGGCAAGUUCAGCUCCAUCCAGCUGCAGCUCAAGCAGAGCACCUGCGAGGCCGUCAUGAUCCUCAGGUCCAGGUUCCUCGACGCCAGGAGGAAGCGUCGCAAUUUCAGCAAGCAGGCCACCGAGGUGCUGAACGCGUAUUUCUGA